AUGCGUCAAUCUUCUACACUCCUGGCGGCCGCCCUCGCCUUCGUCUCCGCCGCCGUGGCCCAGCAGGUGAUCCUCGCCGUCCGCACCUCCACCGUGAUCCAGUGUGUCACUGUCACCCCCGGCCUGCUCCCAAUCUGCGCCGGCUGCGCCCCGAUUCCGACCAUCCAUCCGCCGACCAUCACUGGCGGGCCCAUCUGCGUCGAGAUCGAGGCCCCUGAGUGCAAGCGCUGCGGCUGCAACACCUGCACCCAGACCGUCAAGUACACCACCGAGUACGACGCAUUCUGCUCCACCGGCAUCACCCGCCAGAAGUACGAGGUCACCGAGACCUACAAGGGCGUCGCCGCCAAGCCCACCAUCCCCUCCGCCGACAUUCCCCUUGGCUUCACCAAGGAGGUCCAGACCUGCACCACCUGCGGCCCGACACCGAUCACUGCCACCAUCACCCGCCCCAUCACCGAGCCUCAGGGUACCCCAGUCAGCGGCCCUGACGGCAGGCCCCUUUCUGCCCCCAUUGCUGGUCCCGGCGCUGUUCCCAGCUCCGGCCCUGGCUCUGCCCCCGGCGGCUCUGGCAAUGCUCCUGGUGCUGGAUCUUCCCCCGGUGCUGUGAGCACCGUCGUCACCGUCGUCACCGCCGAUUCCCGCACCGUCGUGCCCCUCGCCGUCGGCUACGCCGCCCUGCUCGUCUCGGCUUUCGCCAUGACUGCUUUCUUUCUUUAA